CCCCUCUGCUAGUCUUCAUCUUCCCUGCAUCCAGAUUGUGAAGAUGGAAGGGGUCCAACCCCUGGAGGAGAAUGUGGGAAACACACCCGGGCGGAGAUUCCAGAGGAACAAGCUAUUGCUGGUGACCUCCAUCAUUCAGGGGUUGGGGCUGCUCCUGUGUCUCACCUACGUCUGCCUGCAUUUUUAUACUUCUCAGGUACCAUCUCAGUAUCCUCCAAUACAAAGUAUCAGAGUACAGUUUACCAGUUGUGAGAAUGAGAAAGGUUUCAUCAUCACAUCCCCAAACCAGGAUGAAAUCAUGAAGGUGCAAGACAACUCAAUCAUCAUCAACUGUGAUGGGUUUUAUCUCAUCUCCCUGAAGGGCUACUUCUCCCAGGAGCUCAGCCUCAGCCUUCAUUACCGGAAGGGUCGGGAACCCCUCUCCUCCCUGAGCAAGGUCAGGUCUGUCAACUCCAUCAUGGUGGCCUAUCUGGCUUUCAAGGACAAAGUCUACUUGAAUGUGACCACUCAUAAUACCUCCUGCGAUGACAUCCAGGUGAAUGGUGGGGAAUUGAUUCUCAUUCAUCAAAAUCCUGGUGGAUUCUGUGCCUACUGAGGACCUGAUGGCCACACCCAAGCCAGGCAUCAGCAUGAACACUGAGCUGGGGCUGGACAUAACACUGAUUCUUCCUUGGGAGUGGAGGAGUCAUCCCAGCUCAGCCCCCAUAUCUGGCCACAUGGGAUGUGACCAGAAGCUGAUCCCCUCUCCCCUCCCACUCAGGGAUAUUUAAAACUUAUUGUACACACCAGUUAACUUUAUUUAUCCUCAUGUCUUCUAAAUCGCCAAGCCCUUAUCCCUCACAACUGCCUCAAGCAUAGUGGGGACUUCUGUGAGAAUGAGAAACUAGGUGCCACUUCCUUAAGACACAUUGUUUCUAUUGGUCAGGAAAUUGUCGUAAUAAACUUUCUUUAUUGAAAAAGACAUUUGACUACUAUUUGCUGGAAAUUUGACAUCUGGCAGUGGCAAAAUGAAGAGGACCAAGGAGAGGGGCUAUGAAUCUGCCAAAGGUGGUGUGGACGAACCCCUGGCAGCCAAAGCUGCCUCUCCAAGAUGAAAUUGGUUGCUGUUUGCAUAUUGUCUAAAUACUUCUCUCAUUUUGUGGAGUUCAAAAGGAAAAUCAACUUCUGAACAGCUGUCAGGAAUUGAUGAAGUAGCCGGCUAAGGAACACUCUGUGCUCUGGGUUUUUUUUCUUUACCACUUUGCUUUCACAGCCUCCAAGUGUUCUUAAUAGAAAUUUCCCCUCCAAAAAAACUCCCUGGGGAUGCGAUGCUGUGAAAAAACUAUUCAGUGAUUAAAGGAAAACCGAGAGAGAUUUUUCUAAUCUGGGAGAGUGAGGUAAUUUAUUGUGAGGGUUAUCUUCAUCACUCAAGAGAGCCAUGAAACUGGACCUCUCAGGGUAAAAGUCAAUAAGAAUUUAAACAGUCUGGGGAGGAAAACAUAUUCUUUGCCAUUGACAGGCAAAUCAGCACAUGUGCAUCCUCCUGCUAUGGUGACAUACAUACUUAGCCCCAUGACUUGCACACGUAUGCCACAUUGCUAGUUUCAAAAAAUAGUGAUUCUAUUGUCAAAUGCAACUUUAUGUCAACAGACAGUGAGAAGCUAUUGUAUCUUAUGAAAAAUAAUCAACUCUGUCUAGAAACACCAUAAUAUCACAUAUGAUCUUACAUUGAUAACUGACUAGAAGGACCAACGAUCAGCCAAUACCAAGGCUUUUAAGGGACUAAGAAGAUCCCCUUAUGUUUAGUUUAAAUCUCCUUCUUGAUAUACCAGGCUUACAGCAUUGUGGACAAAUGUGAUUUUUCCUAAGUCAAAUUUCUAGAUGAUUUGUUAGUUCUCAAAUUUUUGAGAAAAUUUUUUUAAAUGGUAGCAAAUAUUUCCCUUCCAUUUUAAAUAGAGUGCACAACAUAUCAUAGAAUCUUUCUGGAUGAUCCUGUAUCAUCAAAGUAAUUAUAUUGUGCUGCAAAACACUGAUAUUCUCAGCAUCUCCAGAAUAUGGGAGGCAGCUGGCCCCUACACUAAAGGGUCUCAGUUAUAUUUGGAUUUUUUUCUGUCUGUUUUUUAACACAGUUUUCCGUCUCCUCUUAAGUGCCUGUCUAUCUCAAGCUAUGUUCCUGCUCCUCUCUUUUAAUCUGUUAUGGAGAGAAGCUAAAUAAAAAGAAGCUAAGUAAGAGAAAUUGUGCAUAAGGUAAGGGUAACUGAGCUCCGAGUGGCAGUCAAGGCACUCACGUAAUGGUAAUCAUAGGUAAACACUUACGGAGGGCCCACUGUGGACCAGUACUGUGGGCUAAACGUUUUACGUGAAUUGUUCUGAGCAAGAUAUUCUGUGAUAUCUGUCUUGACUACUCAGAGGAUUUAAAUAUGUGUGAGUGUGUGUAUGUGUGUGUGUUGCGUAUGUACACUUCUUUGUUAUUAACUGUGGUCUGCAAAGUCAAAGUUACUCAGUGAGUGAUAUCUAAUAAGUAAAUGUUUAUGACUAUAGGUAAUAUUUAAGAAAACAUAUGUUUACUUUUUUUAAGUUUGGAAUUUCUGACUAUAUUUCUCCUGGACAUGCACAUUCAAGACCUAAGCAUAAUUGUUCUGUGGGUUGUUUGCCUUUGGUGUCACAGCCCCUUCUUACAGUUGCCCACUCCCUUAGGGUGCACAUGGCUAGCUCUUCCCGUGCUGGCCUCCUUCAGCCACAUGGGGAUAUUUCUGCCAUGCAUCACUCUCACUCUCCUACCUUCCUCUCAUCAAAAUAUGUGUGUCCCUUUUAAGUCAUUCCUUCAAAGGGAUAAUUAACCCUUCUCGAUACAAUGGAGUUUUGUGGAAAGAGAACUGAAUAAGAAGUCAGGAGAUUGGAAUUCUAAUUUUGACCUAGUCGCUAAUUAGCCAAGUGACCUUGGGCAAACAAUUUCCCAUUUUUAGAUCCUGCUUUCUUCUCUCAUUAAAUGAUCAGUUUAGAAUCUUAUGUUCAUUGUGCUAACUGUGAAUGUACAUAUGAAAUGUCUAUGUACUGGUUGCUGUGAGUCAAGGUGUGAAACUUUCUCUUUUAGCAUAUGGAUUUUUUGGGUUUUGUGGACAAGCUAACAUCUUCCCUCAACCUUCUUGGUGAUUCCUUCAAAAGUAGUUAGCACUUGUUACUCAGUGACUUCCUGUUUAGGGAAUGGCUUAAGGGAUCCCAAUCUUGAUCCACAUCAUAAUUUGUUCUUAAGCAUAUUGGGCAGGUCCCCUAUUUUAAGCCAUAAUUUUGUAUUUAGUGCUUUCCUGGCUCUCAGAGAGUAUUAAUAUUGAUAUUAAUAAUAUAGCUAAUAAUAAUAUUGAUAUUUACAUGGAAAUAAAUAAAAGAUCUCAGAAUUCACUA